GCGUUUUUGUGGCGUCAGAAAAGCUCGAUGUCUCCGUAUUAUGACUCAUUCAAAAAAGGGCCGUACUAUAAGUAUGAAUUUGUUUUUCUAAUGUAUUUUGGUUUCAGUUUAAUUCAUGACAGCAGCACGGCGUUGGAAGUUAGUGAUUGAUGCUCCUGUGCAAUAUGAAGAAUGGACGAAGACGAUGUGACUAUCAGAGAACAGAAUUUUCACAGCCAAGUUCGAGAGUACAUCAUCUGCUUCCUUCUGUUUGCUGUCCUCUACAUCGUUUCCUACUUCAUCAUCACCCGGUACAAGAGGAAAACUGAUGAUCAUGAAGAUGAAGAUGCCAUAGUCAACAGAAUAUCGCUGUACUUGUGCACCUUCACUUUGGCGAUCUCGGCCGGGGCGGUCCUGCUCCUGCCCUUCUCCAUAAUCAGUAACGAGAUCCUGCUGUCCUUCCCCAAAAACUACUACGUCCAGUGGCUCAAUGGCUCUCUCAUCCAUGGGCUCUGGAACCUGGUUUCCCUCUUCUCUAAUCUCUGCCUCUUCGUGCUGAUGCCCUUUGCCUACUUCUUCCUGGAAUCUGAGGGAUUUGCUGGAUCAAAGAAGGGCAUAAGGGCUCGCGUGUUAGAGACGUUUGUGAUGCUCUUCCUGCUGGGGCUGCUCAUCCUGGGAAUAGUGUGGGUGGCGUCGGCCCUGAUCGACAAUGAUGCGGCCAGUAUGGAGUCGCUGUACGACCUCUGGGAGUUCUACCUGCCCUACUUGUAUUCCUGUAUAUCCCUAAUGGGAGGAUUGCUUCUUCUGAUGUGCACGCCGGUGGGGCUGUCGCGGAUGUUCACGGUCAUGGGCCAGUUAAUAGUGAAGCCGACGAUCCUGGAAGACCUGGAUGAACAAAUUUACUGCGUCCAUUUGCAAGAGGAAGCCCUUCAGAGGAGAUUAAAUGGGUCAGCCUCUCAUUCUCAGUGCAACACUCUGCUUCUGCACAAGGAGCUGGACAGCGUCAGGAGUCAGAGGAACAAGCUGGAGAGGCGGAAGAAGGCUUCGGCGUGGGAGAAGAAUCUGCUGUACCCCAUUGUCAUGCUAAUACUCCUGACUGGAACAACAAUCUCUGUCCUUCUAGUUGCUCUCAACAUCCUGUAUUUAUUAGUGGAUGAAACUGCAAUGCCAAAGGGAUCAAAGGAACGAGGGAUAGGGAAUGCUUCCUUAUCAACCUUUGGAGUUGUCCAAGCUGCUGUUGAAAUCAUUCUGAUGUUCUACCUAAUGGUGUCCUCUGUCGUCGGCUUCUACAGCCUGCGCCUCUUUGAGGGCCUCACCCCGCGGAAGGACGACACCACCAUGACGACGAUCAUUGGAUGUUGCGUAUCGAUCCUUGUGCUCAGUUCAGCUUUGCCAGUCAUGUCCAGAACCCUGGGAAUUACAAGGUUUGAUCUUCUUGGAGACUUUGGGAGAUUUAACUGGUUGGGCAACUUCUACAUUGUCCUGUCUUACAACCUGCUUUUUGCCGUGGUGACGACACUCUGCCUGGUUCGAAAGUUCACGUCCGCAGUUAGGGAAGCGCUCCUGAAAGCUUUGGGUCUGGAUAAAUUGCACCUUUCAAACAGCCCCACGGACCCGGAGACAGCCAAGCACUCAGCGAACGGGCAUCAGAAGUCUCUGUGAGGAGGAGACGCUCCCGUAAUCAGCAGCAGCAGGAGGGAGAGCGACCUGCGGCCAUCUCGUUCCGUCUCCCUCCUCCCCUCUGGACAGGCAUCGGGAGCAGGCCGAAGCCUGUGCGCCAUUACAGUGUCCGCCGCAGCCAUCUACAGCUGCACUGUGCUUUUCAUUUCAAAAAGAAGAAGAAAAAAACUUCAUUUCCCAGAAUGCAUCAGAACCAACUGCAAGUUGUCCUGCAGAAUGUGAUGAACACUUCCUGUUUGCUACCAGGCUUUGUUUAAGGAAGCAGAAUGGAACUUUUGGGAUUGGAGUUUACAGUAAGAGAAGCUUACAGAACACAAUUUUGGGCACUUCUGUCCACACUUUUUUUUUUAUUGGUCGCAGUUUGCAGAGUCUCUUGGCCUGUCUUAUGUCGUUUUGUUCUUUGUUCCCAUUUUGUUCUUUGACUAUCAUACACUUCACCUUCAAGUUACUAAGCGACACCCAAAUGCAGAACUUUGUUCUUUGUGUAAUAUUUUAUCAAUUGAAAGAACUUCAAGCGGUUAACUUGAAAACGUGUGAAUAGUUAAUGCACAUUUUACUUAAAAAAUGUUUUUUUUAAAAAGAACAAAAAAACUUUUAUCUUUAGAAACUUAUGCAUAGUUCCAGCACAUGUCUUUUCUUAAUGUUUGUUUGCAGUGGUGGGGAGCAUCAGUGGCAUAAAUAUAAAUACAGACCUAAAAUAUGAUGUGACUGACAUAAAACUGACAACAGUUUUAUGGUAGAAUCCAACACACACCACAUAGAUUUCCCUCUUUGUGUGUGUGACAUGAGGAAAUGAACCUGGUGAUAUCAGCUUGGCUAAGCCAUGCCUUCAGAUCGGUAUCCAGAACUAUCUGAGCAUUUGCAGUGACAGGUGUGCGCGGCGUUGAUGUGAAGCUUUGCGCUAUUUUAGGGACAGUCUCUCAGACCAGGAUCAAAGUGAUGGAUAUAUAAAGAGAAUUUUAGUACUAGGAGCUGCCUUUUCACUCUGGAAAUUUUCUAAAUGCAAUGCCUUAUUUGAAAACCAUAAAAUGUGUACAGGUAUAUAAUUGCUUUUUUUUUUUUAAGAAAUGGACUGAAAUUGACUCUUUUUUUUUUUUUUAAAGCGAAAGACACUGAUGUCAAAUAAACCAGUCUUAACCGUCCUGUCAAUGCUGAACCGUAACGCCUCACAAACAGGGCAACAACGAGCAUUCAGACCAACCGAGAGGAUGAUGUCCAUACAGCGUUUCUACCUUGCGUCUCAAAUUACAUGGAACGUGUGAAAUUCAGGUGAAAGGACACACCCAAGCAGAAUCUCAUAAUCACAUUUACCCGAUAUAGCACUAACUCUAUCAAAGGGCAUCGGCGUUCGUCUGUCUCCAUACCUCUCCGUUUCUUUCUUUUCUUUCCUUGUUUUUUUUUUAACCCCCCCCCCCCAUAUUGGCAGAGGUCAGUCUCCAUUUGCGGCUGCUUGAGCGGUGCUGAAGGUCUUGUUAAAGGCAGUGCGGCAGAGGGCUGGAGAAUUGAUGGCGUUGCUCCGACAGCAGGCAGCAAUGAGGCAUUGAGAGCUAUUCUAGGCAGAGCCCUGGUUGGCACAACGGUAAUACUGAUUAAUGCCUUGGAGUCCUAAUCAGGUGACUGGAAAGCCACUUGUUUAAGGGAAAAGAGAACUCCAUUCUUCUACUGGAAAUGGAGUUGGUGCAGCUGAGCCACACGACUGAUCGAGAUUGGUGUGUGUGUGUGUGUGUGUGUUCUGGUGUUGAAAGUGUUCUUCUUUUUUUUUUUACAAUUAAAUGUUUAUAUAUUUGCACAGCAGCAGAGAUGGAAAAUUGGGGAAAAAGAGAGCUGUAGAUAAUUUGCAGAUCUUCCAACAAGUCUUACACAGCCCUGAAGAAAUGCUCCGUUAGUGUAUAGAAUAUUGGCAUUUAACCUUGAUAUAUUUAGUUAUAAUAAGUUAAGUUUAUCAGUUGGUGCUCACACCUCAAAGGACCAGUACUGCCAUGAUCUUAUGAUAAAUUAGUCUACAUAGCCAAGCCCAUAUUCUUUAGUGACUGAACAGACUUUGACAAGAUAUCUUUAUGUAUAUCUGUACUGAAUACUGCUUGAACACCCAUACCAAGACUCUUUUUGUAGUUAUUUUUUGCCAAUACUGUAGGCACAAAGGCCUCUACAAAGACCUAUUGAGCAGUUUAAGGCCAAGUUUGGACCUACGUGAUCCCAUGUACUCUGCAGUUGUUAUAUAGUACGUACAGAACCAUGUCAGUGACUGACACACCCAAACAGACAGAAA